AAUUGACAUCUGUCAAAUGCUUUAUAUUGUAUAAAUUAUUUUAUUCGUCAUGUUUUAAUAUAUUUUGUGCUUGACGUUUUAACAAAGCAAGAUAUGUAGUAUGUGCAAAAUGUCAAUCGAGGAUAACAAUAUUCAUUUCGCAACUGACGCUCAAUCUGAGCCCCCUAGAAGUAAAUUAUAUCCAACAGCACCACAGAAAAUCAAUAAUGAAUCAGGUGUUACGAAUUUAGUACAAAAUAGUGAUAAUGAUGAUGCUCCAGUUAGGCCAGCAAGAAAAAAACAAUCAAAUAAUAAAUUAAUGAAUAUUGAACAGAACAUUGGAGAAAAUGAUAAUGUGAAUGCUUCAGGGGUAAAUAAUGUAAUAAACAUAGUAAAUUCAAAGCAUGUCCAUAUUGGAGGUCUAGUUAAUAUUAAUGUCAAUGAAGGUGAUGAAAAAUAUAAAAAAAGAAAAAAUAAAAAGUAUCGAAAAAGUAAUAUAGCAACCUCAAUACAGGAAGAUGAGACUGUAAAAGCUCUCAUGUCGUCUGAUGAAAAGUGCACGAGGGUGCACAUGGAAAUCAUAAAAAAACAUAUAGGAAAGAACUGGAGGAAUGUCUUUAGAAAACUUGAUUAUUCAAAUGGAGAAAUAGAACAGCUUUAUAUAGAUUAUAUUAAUGAAGGCAUUUCAGAGGUAAUCCAUCAGGGCCUAGUAGAUUGGACCCAAAACAAUCCAGAUGAGGCUACUUUAGGUAAAAUCUGUACUGUUCUCUGGGAAGAAAAUUGUUGUGAUGUGAUUGAAAGGCUUAUAAAUUAAAAUUUUUAUCAAAAUGUGUAAGUAAUAUUUUAGUGUUUAUUAAAAAUUUGAUCUCUUGAAGAUGGUGUAUAAUC